GCACGAGAGACCAUGAUGGGUCAAUUAUUUGAGAGCACAGCUGUGACGAUAUCUUGAGUGCGAUAAUGACGACGGGUUGUUGAAGUUGCUUGGUCCAUUCAUAGGGUACGCACUCAGCUCUGACCGCAACCAAUUUACGCGCGUACUGUAUGGCAACGCGACGACGCGCAGCGCGACAAUUUCAAGUUGGACAUCCUCUUUCCCCACAACUACUACUAACCAACUUGACAGUGAUCUUGUGGCUUUAUAUGAGAUUGCAUCCAAGUGCAUUAUCUUGGCAGCUUGCAUCCGUCCACAAGCACACUGCAUCUUGCCGAACCCAUCCUUUAGGGCGAUACACCCGGGCACCGUUACGAUGCCCUCGCGAAAAAGCGACGCGCGCCGCAGCGACGUAUCCGUGGCGAGGUUUGUGCUCGCCGAAGAAGACAGCACCAUGACGACCGAAUCGCCUACUCCAGCAGCACCACCCGCGGCAAAGGAGCGCUCUGAUUCGGUCUCAACCGCCGCCCCUGCUCAACAAGGGCAACCGGUCGAUAAGAAAGACAAGGAAAAAGGGAAGGAGAAGGAGAAGGAAAGCGACGGCUUGCCAAUCGAGGACCUAAAUCUGCCCAAAUCCAUCAUCACCCGUCUCGCCAAAGGGGUGCUGCCGCCCAACACACAAAUACAAGCCAACGCGAUCCUGGCCCUGACGAAGAGCGCUACAGUCUUCAUCAACCACCUGGCGAAUGCCGCAAACGAGAACACCGUGAACUCUGGCAAGAAGACCAUCAUGCACACCGAUGUCUUCAAAGCGCUUGACGAGACAGAGUUCGGCUUCAUGCGUGAGAAGCUCGAGGCCGAGUUUGCCAAAUUCAACGAGGUCCAGACCUCAAAGCGCUCCACAUACCGCAAAAAGGUAGCCGCCGCCAAGAAAGCUGCCGCCGCCUCUGCCUCCGCCUCCGGAGGCAGAGGCGGCAGCCCAAGCCAGAGCACCGACGCCGGCGCCGCGGCCGACAUUUCCAUGAUGAGCAUAGGCUCUACCACCGCCACUGCCAGCGUCGCCGGCGGGCACCAGCCUCCGUCGGCCUCAGGAGGGCCGGGCCCAGCUAGGGCGGCCAAGAAGGCCAGGCUCGACCCUUCUGCCGACUCGUCCAGGAUGGAGGUGGAUGAGGGUGGCGAAGGGGAGAUUUCGGACGCGGAGACGGUGCCCGAUGAGCAAGUGGAAGAGGACGGGGAAGAUGAUGAAGAAGAAGAAGAAGAUGAUGAUGAUCAGGAGGAGGAUGCCGACGAGGAAGAGGAUGAUGACGAGGCAGGGGGCGAGGGGAGAGACGAGUUAGAAGAACGGACAGCCAGAGGGGAGGACGAGGACGAGGCGUUAGAUGACGACAGUGACUAGGAGUGUCGCCUACGUCCAAAUCGAGCUAGCCGGGGAAGAUGGUCGGGCAGGUGGGUCGAGUCAAGAGAGUGACUACUACUAGUAGUACUGGGCGCAACGGCCGGGCUGUGUGACGAUCGAUACAAAGCCGUGAAGUCACCUACUAUCAUCCCCUCGAUAUGGGGGCCACUGUUGGAGUUCCAUCGAUCAUUAUUUGGGCUUAAUGGGCAGUCAAGCGUGGCAACGCUCGGCUCUUUUUGACCUCAUUUGUCAUAAGUGUAAUUCUUGCCGAAGAGCCCAACUGCCCAGGGGUUGGUGAGAUAGGGACAGCCGCAUCCAGGACAAAGAGCUGCCGGUAGUAUCUCGGCACCGUUCUGUCACCUCCUACAUAGUAUAUGUUGAGCAUCGCUUUUUCAUAGGGUUACAUUCUCGGAAGCCAGUUGGUCAGCCACUUGGGUCAAGUGAGCAAGCAAACUACUAGCUCAAUCCGGCCAUG